CUCUUCGCAUCUCAUUGUCCCGAGUUGAAGGAAGUGAAUAGACAGACUAUCAUCGCUGUGUUGAACGUUCCAGUCUCAAAAACCCUCACCAUGUCUCGUCUCUUACCCGCUCUCCGAUCCCUUCCACGCUCCGCCCCCGCCGCCUCCUCUCGACUCGUUGUCGCUCGCAGAGGAUACGCAGAUGUUGCUGAUGGAAAACUGUCACUGAGCUUGGUCCUGCCUCAUGAGUCCCUCUUCUCCGCCUCCGGAGUCACACAGGUCAACCUGCCCGCCGCUUCGGGUGACAUGGGUGUCUUGGCCAACCACGUACCAUCCAUCGAACCCCUUCGACCUGGAGUCGUAGAGGUCAUUGAGGAUGCCGGUGGACAGAGCAAAAAAUUCUUCGUCUCCGCUGGCGUCGCUACAAUGCACGGAAACAACACUUUGACCAUCAACGCCGUCGAAGCCUACUCUUUGGACAAAUUCUCUCUCGAAAACAUCCGCUCAGGACUCGCUGACGCUCAACGUGUCGCUUCAUCUUCUGCUCCUGAUGCUGAAAAGGCCGAAGCUGAGAUCGAGGUGCAAGUGUACGAGGGACUUCAAGCUGCUCUGAGCAAAUAGACAUUUGGGACUACCGAUGAGAAGAAGACCAGAGCGCGGGGAGAGUCCAAAACCGAUGCAUCCGCUGGGCAAUGUCAAAUGUGUCUCGGCCUUUUUGUGGACUGCCUCGUCUUGAACCACAUGGCUCAGCCGUAUGAAGAAUAGGCCAGGACGCCUCUUUCGUUGCCCAAGUGGCGUCACCGUUUUUAUUCCUUCAGCACAGAAGCAAGUGACCGCCAUGUUCACAUUCCGGACCCUGAUUGACGUAGUGAUCGUUGGGACAUGUCGGCCAGUGAAUGACCGUUGAGUAAGGGGACCUAGCCAUUGGAUCGAGAGAUUGGGCCUAUGCUCCUCCUCGACAGCAGCAGCAGGCAGCCGCGGGCAGCAGCAGCAGCAGCAGCAGCAGCAGCAGCAGCAGCAGCAGCAGCAGCAGCAGC